AUUGAAAAGUAAUCGAAGGAAAGAAAAAUACUUUCCAAAACCGGGUAGUAUUCUUUCUGAACAUACAAACAACAUUGUUUCUACUAUGGAGACCAGUGAAAUAAAGAAGGAAAGAUCAACUGAAUCGAUUUGCCGCUUGUGCUUUGCGGAACGUGAACACUAUCAGUUGAUUUUCGUGGACGAUCAUUCAUCGCUGAAUGAAUGGAUUGAGAAUCUCACAACUUUGAAGAUUAUAAAUGUUCCAAACGCGCCAGCUUCGUUAUGCUUAGAAUGUGAAAAUACAUUACAACAUUAUGAAUCGUUUCGUGAAAUGUGUUUCACCAAUGAUCGUGUAUUCAAAGAGAUGUUUACCCAGGAUGAUCCAAGGAAAGACCAUACCACUGUUUCGAAUAAUAUGCCAGAAGUAAGGGAAGUUAAAAUUGAUUACAGCGAGAACGAUAAAGACAUUUUGGACACCACAAUUUCACAGACAGAAACUGCUGAAAUUACGAUAGAGUAUCCGGAUAUAAAAACAGAAGCAGCACUCAAUUCGGACGGAAACAGUAAUGACAAAAUAAGAGAAAAGAUAAGUCGUGAAACAGAACCGGUUGCAAAAGGAUUAACAAUUCACAUACGAAGCCACACACAAGAAAGACCGCACAAGUGUAAGGACUGUGAUAAAUCAUUCAUCACACACAGCAGUCUCAACCGGCAUUCACGAACUCACAGCGGCUUAAAACCAUACAUAUGUGACAUGUGUCCAGCGAAGUAUUCUCAAUCUUCCCAUUUAGUGUGCCACAAACGAGUCCAUACUGCGGAACACGAAAAGAGUAAAAAGCUAUGUACAAUCUGCAACAAGUUUGUACAUAAAUUGGCUCAACAUCAGGCUAUUCACAAUGAAACAAAACGCUACCAGUGCGAAUACUGUCCCAAAGCAUUCCACCAGAAGUACAAACUAACAACACACAUUCGGAAGCACACCAACGAGAAACCAUAUGUUUGCAGUCAUUGUAACAAAGAAUUCACGAGUUCGGCCGAAUUGAUGAUUCACAUUAGAAGUCACACACAGGAGAGACCGUACAAGUGUAAGGACUGCAGUAAAUCGUUUAUCACAUUCGGCUAUUUAAUACGGCAUAAGCUAACUCACAGCGAUAAAAAAUCAUUCUCCUGUGAUAUGUGUCAAGCGCAUUUUGCUCAAAAAUACAGUUUGGUACGACACAAACGAGUACACAUGAAGGAAUCCCAGAUGAACCCCACCAAUAUGGCAGCAGAAAAACUUCAAGUCUAA